GUGGCCAUCACAUGAGGCCGACAUCACCUCCUACACCCAUCCGGCAGAGAGGCUGGGGCCCUUCGUCUCUCAGCAUGGGUUGCCCUGGAAGAAGGACCCUACCUCUUCUCUUUGUUUGUGUACCCGUAUAUCUAUAUGGGGUUUCGUUGCAGGAAGCCCACCCAAUAGGGCAAAGAAAACCAUUUUUUGAGAGGCUCCGUAGACUGGAAGAGCAGUUUCGAAGAUUCCAGGAAGUCACCCUGACACACUUGCAGCGCAUUGCAAACAAUUACAAUGUGUCCUACAAUGUUGAUGCCCGGUUCCAGAGGCUGACAGAAGAGAGCCGGGCUGUGGCUCUGGCAGUCAACAGGUCACAGGCUGCCAUGCAGGUAGACCUGGCCCACCUAAAGACUCAGAUGAGGAAGACCAAACGCCGAGGCCGGAAGGUGAACGCAAGGCUUCGGGCCUUGGAUCUCACCCUGAGCAGGCAGCAGGCUUGGGAGGAGGAGAGGCAGAAGGCACCGCAGGAUGCCGUCUCACGCCUGGCCCUGGAUGUGCCUACUCUGCAGAAUGCACUGGCCCGACUGGCCCACCAGGUCCGUAGCCAGAGCACCAGACUAGCUGCUCUUGAGGGACAGCUGCAGGUGGCCAACCCUGGCGCUCUAGCCCAGGGGCUGAUCCUGGCCCCACACCAGCCAGAUGUGAGCUCCCCGAAGCUGCAUCAGGAAAGACAGGCACUGAGGCCUCCACCUGAACACAAAAAUCUGUCCCAGGAUUUUGCUGCCAUUCUCCAGGGGACACAGAAGCCCCCAUCCUUAAGCAUCCACUGGGCAUCUCCUGCAGUCCCAGGGGACCCUCCUCAGCUGGCAUGGCCUCCCCAGGGACCAGGGAAAAUUUGCAACACAGGCCCUGUGUUCGUUUUCCCGAAUGCCUCCACUGAAAACGUGGUCUUUCUCAGCCCUGGCUUCCUCAAGGCCCUACGAGCCCUGUCCUUCUGCAGCUGGGUCCGUGUGGCCUCCAGUCACCUAGGAACCCUCCUCUCCUAUGCCACUGAAGAGAAUGACAACAAGCUGGUGCUGCACGGCCGAGAUUCUCUGGUCCCUGGCUCCAUGCACUUUGUUAUUGGAGACCCAGCCUUCAGGGAGCUGCGCCUGCAGCCGCUGCUGGACAGCCGGUGGCACCACCUCUGUGUCGGCUGGACAUCCAUCCAAGGCAGGUACUGGCUCUAUGUGGACCGCAAGCUGGUGGCCUCUGGCUCCCACUUCAGGGAGAAUUACGAGAUCCCUCCUGGGGGAUCCCUCGUGCUAGGGCAGGAGCAAGACAUUGUCGGGGGCGGUUUUGAUAGUGCUGAAGCUUUUGUGGGAAGCAUGUCUGGCUUGGCCAUCUGGGACCGGGCACUGAUGCCUGGAGACGUUGCAAACCUUUUCAGUGAGAAAAAGCUCCCUGCAGGUGCCAUCCUGACUCUAGCCAAUGCCACACUGGUAGGUGGAUUUGUGCAGAGAACCAAUUGCCCCUGCCUGGAGGACUGUCCAUGAGUGCACUGUCCACUCUGCAGGCCAGUGCGAAGAGACCCCACCCCACCCUCCUUGUCCGCAGCUCUGCAUGCACACCUGGGCUCUAACAUAGAGCUUGGAAGUGGUCAAAGAAACAUCUGCAACGAGAGAGGGGAAGUUCGGGGUCCACAGGCUGCAUCUUCCCAUCUCUGCAACACUCUUGUUCGUACAUGCUGUACCUUCGAAGUCUCCCGUCACCUCGUUCUUCGCAGCAUGACGUCAUUCACCCUGGCUUGCGCCAGCCCAGCAGUUUUGCUGGAUCCCAGCAGGCCUCUCCUCCCAGUCUGCCCUUUCCGUGAUAAAG